CCACGCUCACUUGCGUCAACACCGACUUCCGCCCUUCUUUGAAAACCAACGACCGAGUCCCCUUUGUCAACCACCAAAAAUGAAGUCUGAAGUGGCGCACGUGCUGCCCAUCGACGCGAACGCUCGGAGCGGGCGCCCGACGCCGCGCUCUCGGGGGAAAAGCGUUGCUCUCGUUUUAAUCGCGCUGCUGUUGUUUGGUGUCACGUUCAUUGACUUCCGGUCUGUGGAACGUUUGUGGUGGCUCGGGCCAUCAUCAGCGGCGCGUGAGGAGGCUUUCAGAGCAGGAUGCGCCCAGCCCGAGCCCCUGCUUCCCAGCAAGAACCCGGAUCUCGACAAGGCGUUCGAGCACAUCACGAGCAGCGCUUUUAGGAAUGCCACCAUCAGGCGCCUCUCGGCUGCCGUCCAGGUCAAGACCGAGUCCUUUGACGACCUCGGAGCUAUCGGCGAGGACCCCAGGUGGGACGUCUUCUAUAACUUCCACGACUUCCUGAAGAAGACCUUCCCUCGCAUCCAUGAGCAAUUGCAGGUCGAGAAGGUCAACACCCACGGUCUGCUGUACACGUGGAAGGGCAGCGACGAGUCGCUUAAGCCGACCCUGCUCAUGGCCCACCAGGACACGGUGCCCGUGCCGCCCGAGACCAUCAGCUCGUGGACCUACCCUCCCUGGAGCGGAGCGUAUGACGGCAAGUACAUCUGGGGCCGCGGCGCCAGCGACUGCAAGAAUCAGCUCAUCGCCACCCUGGAGACUCUCGAGCUGCUUCUCGAGGCCAACUUCAAACCCAGGCGCACCAUCCUCCUCUCGUUCGGCUUCGACGAGGAGUGUUCCGGCAAGCAGGGAGCCUCUCACCUGGCCGCCUUCAUCCAGGAGCGCUACGGAAAGGACGGCAUCGCGGUCAUCGUCGACGAGGGCAGCGGCUUCGAGCAGGCCUGGGGCACCCUCUUCGCCAAGCCCGGCACGGCCGAGAAAGGCUAUACCGACGUGCACAUCACGGUCCGCGCCCCCGGAGGCCACUCCUCGGUCCCGUCCGACCACACCUCCAUCGGCAUCCUCAGCGAGCUGAUCACCAAGAUCGAGUCCGAGCAGUACCCGACCCGGCUCGUCGACGCGAACCCGUACUACACCCAGCUUCAGUGCGGCGCCGCCUACUCGCCCGACUUCCCCGAGAAGCUCAGGGAGCUCCUGGGCCGCCGCCGGUCCCGCGGCGCCUGCAGGGCUCGGCCCGACCGGCUCGCCCUCGAGGCGGCCAAGCAGGGCCCGGCCAUCAAGUACCUCAUGCAGACCUCGCAGGCCGUCGACGUCAUCUCGGGCGGGAUCAAGGUCAACGCGCUGCCGGAGCGCGCCACGGCGGUCGUCAACCACCGCAUCAACGUCGGCGAGACCAGCCAGGUCGUCAAGGACCGGCUGACCGCCCUCGCGGGCGAGGUCGCGCGGGCGCACAACCUGACCCUGCACGCGUUUGACGGGAAGGAGAGCCCCUCGUCCAUCGUCCUCGCGUCGUCCUCCCACGAGCUGCAGGUCGCGCCCGUGACGCCCGCCGACGGGGACGCCUUCGCCGUCCUGGCCGGCACGACGCGCGCCCUGUACGGCAGCGACGUGGUCGUCACCCCGGGCAUCAUGACGGGCAACACCGACACGCGCUACUACUGGGACCUGACCCGCCACAUCUUCCGCUUCGGGCCCGGCUUCGACCCCGAGGACGGGCCCGGGCUCGGCAAGAUCCACACCGUGGACGAGCGGGUCAGCGUGCUGAACCACGUGAACGCGGUCCGUUGGUUCACCUUGUUUGUGAGGAACAUGGACGAGGCCGACUUGUAAUUAGAUCACAUGAAACACGAAUCGGAGGCUAUGGGGUGUGUUAUUCGGGAAACGCAAGUUUUUUUUUUUUUUCCUUGCGAAGGCCACCACCGGGUGCUAUCUCGAGAUGCGCGGCUCGUCACUUGCGCAUUUCCGUUUGUUUGUAUGUAUGUACAUAGGUACUCGGUCGCCGGAGCAAACAAUAAUUACAUCACUCGAACUUUUUGGAUUUCUC